CAUCGACCCCCACUUUCGUCCCAUCCUCCAUCCGCCCAGUUAGGAUCUGAGAGCUGCGCUGCUCAUCCAUCCCACAAGUACAGGGCAACCAUGAAGCUCGUCGGUAAAUACAUUGACAGGGAUCGCUCAGGCCAUGUUACGCUGCGUCCCGAGGACGACGAGGAUAUGUGGCACCUGUACAAUAUCAUCUCGGAGGGUGAUCGCGUCCGAGCACCUGCCAUCCGCCGGGUGCAGAACGUCUCCGCAACGGGAUCGACAGAGUCCCACCGCGUGCGUCUGAGCCUCACCCUUGCUGUCACCCGUGUCGCUUGGUCGCCGUCCACCGCCUCGGCGAGCGACCCCUCGUCUGCCGAUGCGUCUAGCAGCGCAAGCCAGGCGACCGCGUCCUUGCAAAUCACAGGGCGAGUUGCGGUGGAGAACCCCCACGUGAAGAUGGGUGCGUUCCAUACGCUCGACCUUGAGGCCAAUCGAGACGUGCGAAUUGAGAAGGAGGAGGGAGGCUGGGACAGCGUUGCCCUUGGACGAGUGGAAGAGAGCUGUGUCCCAGGACGAGGCGCCGAGGUCGCCGCUGUGGUCUGCGGAGAGGGAAGUGCAAUCUUCUGCCUCCUCUCAGAACACAUGACUGUCAUCCUCCAACGCCUCGAAGUCCCCAUCCCGCGCAAGAUCGCGACCGGCAGCUCCGGGCACGAGAAGGGUCUCACGAAGUUCUACUCCUCACUAUACGCUAGCUUCCUCCGACAUAUACCUUUCUCCAACCCCGGGCUACGGGCGAUCGUGAUCGCAUCCCCAGGCUGGGUGCGCGACGCGGUCCUUGACUACAUCAUGGCGGAGGCGAGUCGGACUGGAAACAAGGCACUCAUGGGUGCCCGAAACAAGUUCCUGAAGGUGCACGUCAAUAGCCCGCACGUGCACAGCUUGGUCGAGGUACUCAAAAGCCCGGAGAUCAUAUCGCAGCUGAAGGAGACCAAGUUUGCGCGAGAGGGGAUGAUGCUUGACAAAUUCUUCAAGAUGCUGGGCACCGACGAGAUGCGUGCUUGGUACGGCCCAGAUCAUGUUGCCCUCGCAGUCGACCGGGGUGCCGUCGGGACGUUGCUGAUUUCAGACGAACUUUUCCGCGCGAGCGACGCGGGGCUCCGCAAGAAGUAUGUCGCGCUCGUAGAGGACGUUAAGCAACGCGGCGGCGAGGUCCUGAUUUUCUCGAGCAUGCACGAGUCCGGGCAGCAAUUGAAUCAACUGACCGGCAUUGCGGCAUAUUGACGUACCCAUUGGAUGUGAGGUUGUCGAGGCAGAAGAGCGAGAAGCGAAGGAGAGGAGGAACGAAGGAAAGCGGAAGAAAUGGGGACGCGGAAGCCUCGAGUUGAUCGCCUUGGUUUCUGUAGCCAAUGUUUCAGGCAAUGUAUCGAUAGAGAACGUUUUGGAUACUGUAGCAGAACUGAUACAUGUUUUCUAUGCUGCAAAUGCAACUGGCUACGCUCAGUGGUUU